AUGUCCACCGCUGACGACGCGGCGAGCCCAGCCCUGGCGCCGGACGGGGACGCGCCGGCGGGCGAGGGCCUGGCCCUGGCCCAGUUCGCCGCGGGCUGCUUCUGGAGCGUGGAGCUGGUGUACCAGCGCCUCCCCGGCGUGGCGCGCACGGAGGUCGGGUACUCGCAGGGCCACCGCCACGCCCCCACCUACCGCGACGUGUGCGGCGGCGGCACGGGCCACGCUGAGGUGGUGCGCGUGCACUACGAUCCCAACGCCUGCCCCUACGACGUCCUCCUCGACGUCUUCUGGGCCAAGCACAACCCCACCACGCUCAACAGACAGGGCAACGACGUCGGGACGCAGUACCGGUCGGGCAUCUACUACUACACGCCGGAGCAGGAGAAGCUGGCGCGGGAGUCGCUGGCGGCGAAGCAGAAGGAGUGGAAGGACACCAUCGUCACCGAGGUCCUGCCGGCGCGGCGCUUCUACCCCGCCGAGGAGUACCACCAGCAGUACCUCGAGAAGGGCGGCCAGUCCGCCAAGAAGAGCUGCAGCGAUCCCAUCCGCUGCUACGGCUGA